GACGAGAUCAUGGCUGUCAGAUUCCCUUUCCCCCACACCACCACCACCACCACCACCACCACCACCACCACCACCACCAAUCCAUCGGGAUUCACUCGAUGCUUGCGUGGCGCUUCCUUCCUUGCUGGAAGGGCGUCAAUCAGGAGUCACGGGGCUGCGGGGAUAUGACCAGAUCGGAAACCGAGCCCCUGCGCAUGGAUUGUCCAUACUAUACUGCAUGUACAGUACAUAAGUCAAUCAACUCGAUCGCAGCAACAAUGAUCAUUGUCCCGCGCCGGAGGCGAGCUUCUGACACUACUGUGCAUGUUUCGAUACAGGAACAAGAUACACAGAGGGAGGGCGAGAACACAAUGGCGAAUAUUCACACCACCACAUCUAUUCUAUCGACGCCGUUCGAUCAACCAACCAUCUUCCCUCGAUCGGAAGGGAUCGUACUGUGCAAAAGUACGGGAAUCGUUGGGGCAAAAGUUGGCCAUGGUAAGAAAGGGGAAAGUGAACGCCAGACUUUGGAUCGGUUCUUUUGGCUGGUUUGGGGUUGCGAAUGGCUUUCGAUACUUGACUUGCUGGGUCAUACUGGGUGGAGAUAUACAUACGCUGAUCUGAUGGUCGGUGAUACGGGCUGCACAAGCGAGCCGCCCAGCCACAAUCGCAUUAUAGUCAUGAAUCUACAUACUUGUCUUAUUCCGAUUAGGUUGUUUGUCUGUCGGGGUGAAACCCUCUGCAUAUUGUCUCAGGAGCUUGCUUAAAGAAGUGAAGGGUUCAGCUACAGCUUUCCGGGGUCAACUGGCUACCGAGAUGGAGAACACAUAAAAUAGGUAUGAGGUGAGACUAUGUGGAAAUAUGUACUGUAUAAUAAUGUAUGAGAGGAUAAUAUCUAUAGCUGCAUCCUCGAAUGCACCUGGUCCCCCUUUCGUUCAUCCUAUAUUUGAAACAUUGACU